GUGCCACUCGAAUUAGUUGCUAUUUGAUCGUCUCGGUGAACACAUCACAAGACGAAUGAAAAUCACAAUUUUGUUUUAGAAAAAGUAUUGGAAUCUGGGAGAUUGGAAAAUUGUGAAUUUUGGUUAAAUUUUUGGUAGAAAAAGGCUUGGAAAUUUCAUUUUAAAAAUGAAAUUGUUCAUUUUUGUGGUGCUCUUGGCGCAUUAUUGCCUGGCAAAUAACAGCAAUUCUGCUGGUGUAGCACACAAUGGAGAGUUUUAUGAAUACGACACCACUAGAAAUGGAUGGUACAUUGGAUCACCGACCAGUCCGAUUAUGGUGAAUCUUCGUCAACAUCGAUAUCACGGUAUUCCAGAUCGUUAUUAUGAUUUUGCUAAUCGCACAUUCGCAAGACAACCAAGCGGUGUUUGUACUAAAGAAAUUCCAACAACUUCUCUCUUGGAGCCUGGACAAUCGAUUCCUAGAGGAAAUGGGUCAAAUCCAACACUGAGUCGAAUCCAAGUGUGUUGCCAAGGUUAUCAACGUGAUGCCCAUAUCGUUCGUAAAUGUAAUCCGAUUUGUCAAACGGAAUGUAUCAACGGCAUUUGCUACUCGCCGAACGAAUGCAUCUGUUUCCCGGAUCAUGUCAAGAACUUGGCUGGCUUCUGUGUGCCUACUUGUCCAAUUGGCUGUGAUAACGGCGAUUGCAGAGAGAAUACAUGUGUUUGCAAGCCAGGUUUUGCCUUGGAUAAAACUGGCAAAUUCUGUGCACCAGUUUGCAAUCCACCGUGUGGAAAAGGUAAUUGUACGGCACCAAAUACGUGCUCAUGCAACCGAGGCUAUGAAUUGAAGGAAAAUGGUGCUUGCGUUCCAAAGUGCACGGAUGGCUGUGACUACGGUGAAUGCGUCGCUCCUGAAAAAUGCGCCUGUCGACCUGGUUACAUUUUGCAAAAUUCCAUUUGCUCACCGGUUUGCGAAAAAGGCUGCAUAAAUGGUAUAUGCACCGCUCCAAACCAAUGCUCCUGUCGCGAAGGAUCAACAGUUGAUAGAACUGGUACAAAAUGUGACCCGAAAUGUGAUCAUCCGUGCAUUAAUGGUCAAUGUAUCCGUAGGAAUGAAUGCGAAUGUAAUCGUGGUUAUAUGCCUGAUCCAAAUGAACCAAGCAGAUGCAAUCCUCAUUGUCCGGAACCAUGCGUGAACGGUGUUUGCAGUUCUCCUGGCUUGUGUUUGUGCAAUGUUGGCUUUGUCAAGGAUCGUUCAGUGAAGGGAAGCCAAAUUUGUAUUCCACUUGUAUCAUACUUAUGAUGAAAUUCAAUUUGAUUAUUGAAACGGAUUGAACCAGAGGAGAAUUCAUGGAAGAGAUAACAGAAAAUAGGAUUGAAAAAAAAAGAAAAAAAGUUACGUGAUUGUGAAAGGAGAAAACAAAUUGUAUGUAGAAAGUGAAAUGAUGCUCAAUAAAUGAUUUAAAAACCCAAA